AUGGACACCACUUUGCAGCGAGAUACCAGUACUUCUGUCGGCACGUCGCAGGAAGAGCGGGACCGCAAUGUGUUGCGUCUCGCUCCUGAAAAGAAGGCAUGGAUGCCUCCUAAAUCAGUCAUGGAUCACUUUUCGGCGACGACGAGUGAUCGUUAUCGAACACGGUUGUUCGAUUCGUCAAGGAUCCAUCACCUUGACCCCUGUGCGAAAGACUAUCGCGCUGAGAAUGAAUUCUUCAUCGAUGCUUUCUUUAGACAUCGAUGGUACAGGGGGAAUCACAAGCGUGAUGGUCCCUCACUGCUUCAAGCGUGGAACGCCUACAUCCAUAAUCUUGAGGAUGUAGGUCGAGAUGUUUGGAACGACAAACUUGUCAGAGCUCGUGAUAAGUUUGAAAAGCGAACCCCGACAGGUGCACGCUAUGAGCUGCAUCGUCUGUCAAGGGAGAAAGGAUUACCCUGCCUCUCUUGGGGAGACUCGUGCCCAUGUUGUGUGAACAACUCUGCACGAGCACCUAAGGAGGCUUACCUCCUUACCAGCCCGUGGUGGCGCGCCGGGAAGACUUUCUCCGGCGGUCCUUCUGCGGCACAGGAUGUGCCGCGUCGUACUGCUCGACCAGACCCAGUACGUCGAUCAUCAGUUGGGAGCGGGGCUCCCAAGAAUCCCAGGACGGGGGAUAGCCGCGCCACCGGACGAGGUAACUCGUCCGACGUCCGUUCACGUCGCGGUGGUUCAACAGCAGCUCAACUAGAUAGCGCUGGCCACCGCGAGAGUCCUCUAAUGGAGGUGGAGGAGGAGGAAAGACGCUCUCCACACGAUCAUGUGGAUCGGUGUGUUCCCGAGAGCUUCUUUGAUCGCGUAACGCAAGGGUUACGCGGCGAUCUCGAACAUGAGCGGGACAAGCGUCUUCAACUGGCGGACGCUGUCUUGAAGCAUCGAGCUGAGUUUGCCUUUGCUCAGCUUGAGAACGAGAGAUCUCUGACAUCUCUUCGUGACGAGCUAAGGGUAGCUUGUGUGGAUAUUGAGCGGUCUCGGGAUGAGAUAACUGCUCUUCAGACCCUUGUCGAUGCCCACCAUCGGGAGCACAAGGCUCUCUGUGAGAUGCUUGAGCGCAAGGGCGUUCUUCAUCGGAAGAAACAGCGUACUGAUGGUACGGCUUAA